CCACUCGAUAACACUGUAGGGUUGUUAAUCCUGAAGAUAAAUGCUUGAGUAUUUUCCCUGAAAUUUGUCCUCCGUCAAGUGGAUCUAUAUUUGCUUACACCCCAGGCUGAAUCAGUUCCCUGAGAAACAUUUCGAAAAUAAUCGCAUGAUUUGCGAACAGGCACAGUGGUGUUAAAUCUUUAAAACCAAGGGUUUCUUUUGAAACUGUGGUUUCUCUCUUCAUAGUCAUAUCAAAAAUAAAGAAACUAAUUCCCAAAAUGGCACCUACAAAGCCAACGUUCACCACGGCUGGUCAAGCCGUUAUUUCAGCGUAAUCUAUCCGAUUGCGACCGAGUUUCCCAGAGUCCCAGCUAAUGUAACGCAGUUCUGAAGGGGCCAUAACUACUACUUUCCCCAAACACCCGAAGAAAGCCUUUGCGUUUCUGGUUGAAUUCAACUGCCAUCAUCCCCGCCUCCUCGCGCUAGCCGACAAGAAGCCGCCCAUGCAUUUUCACCCUUACCAAACCGAAGACAUGGAAGUUCUUGAAGGCAGGCUCACGGUUGAAGCGGAAGGUGUGCAAAAUAUUUUAACUCCAGAAUCUGGUGUCUUCGCGGUCAAACCUUGGACAAAUCACAGAUUGUAUCCCCCUCCAGUUACAGAUGAGAUCAUUACCAAAUUUAUCUUGAGCGGUAGUGAUACAGAGGAGAGUUACAAGAUGGACGGGGUGUUUUUCCAGAAUUGGUAUGGGUACCAGGAUCAAGUGGUGCUCAAGGGAGAGAAAAUUGACUUGUUACAAGUUAUGAGUGUAAGUCUGCCGAUGACCCAUGUGACUAUAUUGAUAAAUUAAUCUGGAUGACAGAUGUUUGAUGCUGGUGGUUCUUAUCUUUCUCUCCCUUGGUACAUACCCUUUUCGAGAACAAUUUCUAUGGCCAUGAGUAUAUUUCUGGGGAGAUGGGUGGGGGGUUUAUUGGGAUACCAACCGUUCUAUAAGGAGUGGACAAAUGAAUGGGACAUUGCAUGUGAGAAGAUGAGUGAAUCCAGAUUCCAAAAGAGGUUUGCCAAAUCAUAGUAGGGGGGUUGGAAUUGUUGCAAAGA